AUGGGUAAUUAGAAAAGUUUAGAAGAAAAAGUAAAAAGUUCAAUGGUUUAAUUGCAUAAGAUGGGAUUUUAAUUGAAACAAAAUGAAUCUACCAUAUCCGAAUUGAAAAAUUAUAAUCCAAAAAAAGGUUAAGGUACAGCUGUUAGAGAUGCAAUUCUGUUUGGAUUUACAAAGAUAUUGAAUGCGAUGAUUAUUUUGAAAAACUGCGAAUAAUUAGAUUAAUAUAAAUUUGUACACAUUGUUUUAACUGAUGGAGAGGAUAAUAGUUCCUCAACUUCAAUUUCAAAUUUGAGUGCUAUCUUAAAUAAAGUAAAGGAUAUUUGUAGAACACUUAUUAUUGGAAUAGAUAUGAAAAAAGAAUAGUUACCAUAUAUUUCAAAAGAAUGCGAAUAUUAUGAUGUUAGAAGUUCAGAAAUAGAAAGUUUAUUUCAUAGAAUUUCAGUUAGUUUAGGUUUGAAGGUGACUACAGCUGUAGGGGCGAUUGUUCAAAAUGAUGUGGGAGUAAUUGCAGUAAGUUAAAAAAAAGAAUUAAGUCUAAAUUUAAGAAGAUGCAAAUAUAUGAUAAUGCUAACAAUAGAUGGAAGUCCUUCAAUGAAUGAUGGAGAAGGUUGGUGGUUAUGGAAGACAACUCGUUGGAGUUUGGCAAGAAAGGCUGUUAAAAAUUUAAUGAAAAGCUUAGAGGAUGAAGAUAGAAUUUGUGCAUCUAUUUUUGAUUAAAAUUUUCGAAAUAUAACCGAAACUGGAUCUCUUAAGUUGUAGUUUGAAAAAUUGUUUUACAAAAAAUUAUGA